CCCGGCGCCUCGUUCUGCCUGCGCCACGGAGAGGAUCAUCUGGUUCGAGUCCUGAGGCUCGCGCUAGUUCGGUAGCCUGCUCACGUCCUCGCCGCCCUCCGCGCACCCUCCGUCUGUCUCCCUUUGCCUGGCGCCCCUCUCCCUGCCGCAGCUAUGAACGGACAACUCAACGGCUUCGACGAGACCUUCAUCGAGGAAGGCACCUUCCUCUUCACUUCGGAGUCUGUGGGAGAAGGGCACCCCGAUAAAAUAUGUGAUCAGAUUAGUGAUGCAGUCCUUGAUGCUCACCUUCAGCAGGACCCUGAUGCCAAAGUUGCUUGUGAAACAGUUGCUAAGACUGGAAUGAUACUACUUGCUGGUGAAAUCACAUCCAGAGCUGCUGUUGACUAUCAGAAAGUGGUUAGGGAAACAAUUAAACAUGUGGGCUAUGAUGAUUCUUCUAAAGGGUUUGAUUACAAGACUUGCAAUGUUCUGGUAGCCUUGGAGCAGCAGUCACCAGACAUUGCCCAAGGGGUUCAUCUAGAUCGAAAUGAAGAAGAUAUUGGUGCAGGAGACCAGGGAUUGAUGUUUGGUUAUGCUACUGAUGAAACCGAAGAGUGCAUGCCCCUAACUAUUGUGUUAGCUCAUAAGCUCAAUGCCAAACUUGCUGAAUUACGGCGAAAUGGAACUUUGCCUUGGUUACGCCCAGAUUCCAAAACCCAAGUCACUGUGCAGUAUAUGCAGGAUCGUGGUGCUGUUCUCCCUAUAAGGGUCCAUACAAUUGUGAUAUCUGUUCAACAUGAUGAAGAUGUAUGUGUUGAUGAAAUGAGGGAUGCUCUAAAGGAAAAGGUGAUCAAAGCUGUUGUACCUGCAAAGUACUUGGAUGAAGAUACAAUUUACCAUCUACAACCUAGUGGCAGAUUUGUCAUUGGUGGACCUCAGGGUGAUGCUGGUCUGACUGGACGGAAGAUCAUCGUGGAUACCUAUGGUGGUUGGGGUGCUCAUGGAGGUGGUGCUUUCUCGGGAAAAGAUUAUACUAAGGUGGACCGUUCAGCUGCUUAUGCUGCCCGUUGGGUGGCAAAAUCCCUGGUUAAAGGUGGUCUGUGUCGCAGGGUACUUGUUCAGGUUUCUUACGCUAUUGGUGUUUCCCAUCCGUUGUCCAUCUCCAUUUUCCAUUAUGGCACCUCUCAGAAGAGUGAAAGAGAGCUCCUGGAUAUUGUGAAGAAGAACUUUGACCUCCGCCCUGGGGUCAUUGUCAGGGAUCUGGAUCUGAAGAAGCCCAUUUAUCAGAGGACUGCAGCCUAUGGCCACUUUGGUAGGGACAGCUUCCCAUGGGAAGUGCCCAGAAAGCUUAAAUAUUGAAAGUGUUAGGCUUUUUUCCCCAGACUUGUUGGCGUAGGUUACAGAGAAGCCUUCAAGCUCUGAGGGAAAGGGCCCUUCUCCCUAAACUUCUCCUGUCCUCUUUCAGCUCUUGAUCAGUUGCAGUCACUCUUGUCCAAUGAUCUGAUUUUAGUUUUUGUGGGGACUGUAAGUUGGGCUCUGCUAUUCUGUCCCUGGUGUUUUGCUCACCAUUAUAAUGGAUUUAGUGAGCAUAGGUGAUCCAUGUAACUGCCUAGAGAUGAGCAGACAGCACUGUCUAGUAAAUGAUGCUUUAAGACUGAACCUCUGUGUCCCACCACCCAUCCCCAAAAUCUUAACUGCAUUGACUCUCCCAUCAAAUGCUGAAAAAUGUCCUUGUAAUGUGCACGUCAAGUAAUUGUAGUUCCAUUUAUAGCCUCUGUCCAACAAUGCCACCGCCCUGUCAGCAUGAUUUUGUAAUGUCUUGAGCUCUAUUAUGAAUGUGAAGCCUUCCCCCAUCCUCCCUGUAACCCGAUCCACUUCUAAUUAUGUAGCUUUUUGUCAGGGAGUGUUCCCUACCAGAUCAAUCUUGCAUGUAACGCAAGUUCCAGUUGGAGCUCUAGCCUGACUUCAUGAAAAAGGCAGUUACUAGUUGAACCACCUUCUGGUGCUUAUGCUCUUAAUGACCAUCUCCUGGCACCAAAUCUUAAAAUCUCUCCACUCGGCUGUCUUUUGGAGGACGUACGUAAUAAGGUUUUUAUUUAGUAAACCAAUCCUAUGCAUGGUUUCAGCACUAGCCAAACCUCACCAACUCCUAGCUCUAGUUAAGCGGGCACUUGGCAGCCUUGUGAUGUCAUACAGAGAAGUCACAGGGCGGUAUCUGAGGGUCUGUAGGUUGCACACUUUGGUACCGGUUAACUUUUUCUUUAUAAGAAAGACUGAGUAUUCCACACUGCACAAGAACUCCUCCCAGGGUUUUUAACUUUGUUUUAUUUUCAAAACCAGGUCCAAUGAGCUUUCUGAGCAGCUGGUGUAGAUACAGAGAAACCAGCUUCCUUCAGAGAGCAAUGCUUUUGGCGGGGAGGAGAAGGAAAUCCCUUCAUACUUGAACAUUUUCUAAUUGCUUAUUUAUUGUAUUCUGGGGUGUGGCGUGAGUACAGAGAAGCUAUCACCUCAGAGGGCAGCUUUUAAAAAAAAAAAUCCUUGACACCAUGAUUCCUUUGACAUGUUUCCAGCAUUCCCAGGUAGGCCAAGGUGUCCUACAGAAGAACCUUGGGUUACACCUACAAGGGGGUCUGGCUGGUGUUAACAGAAGGGAGGGCAGAGCUGGAGCAGCUGGCCAUGGAGGAAGCUGACUUGGCUGGUGUGGUACAGAGAAGCCAGCUUGUUUACAUGCCUAGUCCAUGGCUGCUGCCCUAAGCAGAAAGUGCCUUUCAGGAUCUAUUUUUUGGAGGUUUAUUACGUAUGUCUGGUUCUCAAUUCCAACAGUUUAAUGAAGAUCUAAAUAAAAUGCUAGGUUCUACCUUA